AAACGGAAAAAGUUUUGAAAAAAUGGAAAAAUGUCAACAAUAACAUCCACCUACAACUUUUGCUAAUAAUUUUACGAUUUUUCACUGGAAAAUUAGUUUCUAGAGUGCAUUUUGUGGUCUCUGAGCGUUAAUCAAGCAGUGUUGAAUCCGGUGCCAGUGUCGAAUUAAUGAUUCUGUUGCGGUGCAGCUCAGCAAAAACUCAAAUCGCGAAACAAUGGCAGCCGGAAUCAAAUACAUCAUCCAGAAGGAAGUUUUCGAUGCUCUGGAGGAACGGAUUCUCUCGGUGUGCAAUGUGAGCAAGCUGCUGAAGAAGAAAAAGACUUCAUACCUGUGCGUGAUCGCGACCACUAAGCCCCGGAUCGUGGUUUCGAUCUGCCAGGUGAAACAGUACGAUAAGGGUGUGUGGAAGAAGAAACGGACGUGGGCGAUUGAGGAGGUGAAGGGGUUGGACGGUCGCAAUGAAUCAUCCGAGACGCACGAGUUUGAUUUGUGUCUGGAGAAGGUCUACCGCUGGUUUGCGGCGAAUCUCCACGAACGGCAAAACUUCAUCACGGUGCUGUGGAAGCAGUUGCAGAAACAUGUUCCGUCGGAAGGACGUCCGGUGUUCAAGAAUAUUCCCAAGGCUUGGUUGGCUGAACGUUCGCCGGAAAAGGUCACGAUUGGUGGAAAGUUUGCCACGAUGAGUGUUCAGGACGGGGGUGAGGAAGACGAUGAUUUGGACGAUAUGGUUGAGAGUGAGGAUUUCCACGCCCUGACGGAGAAAGAAGAGACCAAUUUGAACAAGUUGAUCGGCGAGUGUGACUAUGCAAUAAGCAAUGCGGAACAGUUCAUGGAACAUCUCGGGCGAAAUUUGCAAGAACUUGAUGGUGCAAACAUUCAGAGUGUACUGGCCUCUGAGAAACAAGUGGAGGCACUGAUGGAACAAAUUGAGUCGGCUAUAUCAGAAGCUGAGAAAGUGGAAAAACGGCUGGACGACUACGACGAGAUACUUUGUCAUAUUCGUGAAAGCAUGGAAAAAAUGGGCGAGAAAAAUCAGAUGAUAGAAAUCGCUAAUACAAACAAUGUAAAACUACUGCAAGAGUUGGAGAAAGUAGUCUUCCAGUUGGAUCUUCCGCAUGUACAUCAAAUAGCACUGACUGAUACAGAUUUGACACCCAAAGGCCUGCCCGCGGCGAUUGCAGCCGGUAAAGCGUUACAAACGGCCAUGAAUAGUGAUAUUGAUCCGGCAUUGCUCCGACUCACGGCCGUUCAGGAUCAGCGCAAACGGUUCGAGAAGUGGAAAGCCAAGUUUUCACAGACGGUCAGUCGGCAUUUGAACAAUUUGUUCAUUCAUUUGGGCAAUUUGGGAGAUUCGCAGAGUCAACAUUCGGGCGAUCUGAACCUCCCGAAGCACAAUUCGGUGCACAAGGAGUUGUCGGCAUAUGCGGAUUUGAUGCACUGGAUGAAGGCCAUGGAUCGCAAGGCAUAUGACGCGUUGAUAAAAGUUUACACCAGUUCGUUGAGCAAGGUCUACGAUCGAGACAUCAAGUUGUUCUUCGAGACAGCCAAGCAGUUAAUUUCGGAGCGGAGAUUCGGUUCGAGAGAAGACUUGAACAGCAGUUCGAUGAGCAAUAAACUGAAGCUGGGUCAACAAAGCAGCAAACAGCCGACGCAGCCGUACGGAAUUUUGGGAGUCAACAGAGAGCUAUGGAGUGUCGGUGCCGAACCUGCCGAGCGUCAAAGGUUUGAUUCUAUAUUAGAAAAAGUGCUGGCCGAGUUGGAACCUGUAGCCCUUAGUGAGCAGCACUUUUGCAUAGCCUUCUUUCAGUUGGACGUGAUCAGUCCGACUGGGAAAAAUACUCAGACUACGUUAGACAUGGCGGUCGCUCUGCAGGACAAAGAGCGGGACGAACGGGACACGGCAGUGAUGAUUCCCCAGAAGCGGUUGGACAGGCAAAUCAACGAAGAAGUGCGACGGAUGAUGGGAGAGCUGUUUAGUAACUUGGAGCAAGAAUUAAACAGCUUCAUUUUGAGCUUUGAAAAGUUGGACAGCUAUUAUUCACUUUAUGUGCUUGUCCGUUUGACGCAACAUGUAAUGUCCGCCCAAGAUGCACAGUCGUUCCUGAGUAUGACUUUUGCCUCGGCACUGAUCCACGUCAAACGAAACUUUGACAAGUUUAUGAAACUGCAAUUGCAAUCCAUCCAGGAAGCCAAAGUACCAAAGCGCUCCAAAUGCGGAUUACUUCCUUACGUGGAGAAUUUCGAAGAGUUCGCAGUAACGGCGGAAGCAAUCUUCAAGAAAACCGAACGACGGAAUGACAUGGACAAGUGGUACCUCAAGCUAGUGGAAGCAAUUUUUGAAUAUAUCCCAGCGCACGCAAUGGAUCACGCCAAAACACCCCACCAGGUGGUUAAAAUGGAAAACUAUCAUAGGAUGCACUCGCUUUUGUCCCAGUUGAAGGUUGGUGUUCUGGAACAGCUGAAAAAGGAUGCGAAGGUGCGCUACAAUGACGCCCUGAAGGCAUACGUGACGAAGUAUUUCGGACGACCACUGGAAAAGUUGAAUCAAUUUUUCGAAGGCGUUCAGCAGAAAGUUCAGCAAGGUGUGAAGGAAACCGAAAUCAGCUACCAAAUGGCCUACUCAAAGCAAGAAUUGCGUAAAGUGAUCUCUCAGUAUCCGGCUCGGGAAGUAAAGAAAGGCCUAGAGCACCUAUACAAGAAGGUGGAGAAACAUCUCUGCGAGGAGGAAAAUCUGCUUCAGGUCGUGUGGCGUGCUAUGCAAGAAGAGUUCAUCGCCCAGUACAAUUCACUAGAACUGUGGAUUCAGCGAUGCUACGCGGGUGCAAUGAUAACACUCGACUUUACUAUCAAGGACAUAUUGGACUUUUUCUCGGAGAUUGCACGUUCGCACUAGACUCAAAAAUGGUGUCCUUGUCCAAAGCAUAGCUUUGCUUAUUAUAAUUUUAAAUUUUGCAAAUAUGUUGCUGGAACGAGUUAAUUUAGGUCAGAGAAGCGGGUGCGAGUUGACGCAUUCUCUCUUUUGAUUUUUAAUUGGGUGAGAAUCGUCAAAAUACACAAUUCGCACGUCACUCUACUGAUAGAAUAAACGCGAAGACUCUGUCAUUCUUGCGUAUAAAAAUAAGAAUCAGAGCCGAUAUUCCAAAUUUACGAAUGACUUAUCACGGUAAAGUUGACAACUAAUUAAUAAUUUACUUAUUACCUUUUAUCUUUGUUUCUUCUUGUUGCACUGUUUUCUCAAAUUGUUAAUAUAUUUACACGUUCUUUUAGGAUCUAGAAGAGUGCAAACAAAGUCAUGUUGUAAGUAAUCGAACAAACAUAAUAAAAGCUUCCUAGUUCAAGCCGGGAAUGUCGCAAAAACUA